GUGAAAUGUUCGUGCAAUACGAUCAUCAUUAAUCAGUGAACGACGGAGGUUUUGUUCGUUCCGUCGUGUAAUGGAGCCUGUAGGUUUAGUGUUCGACCAAUUGAAAGCUUUUGCCAAAUCCGGUCAAGACUUUUUUGACGGCCUUUUUCGUCGGCGCAAUCCGAUUGAAAUCCUUAAACGUUUACAAAGAGAAGCUUUCUCGGAUCUUAUGAAACUCAGAGACAGACAAGAAAAGGUUGAGAGAAUGCUUUCCGUGUAUAAAUCGUCCAAAGGAGGUCCAUUCGAGGAAGCUGCCACCCAUGUAAGAGGACAAGUGGAUUUCCUGGGGGGUUUGUUGGUGAUGGACAACCUUAAUCAGCAGAACUUAGAUGCCUUAAAUAGGUCUGGAAUAAGAACCGGCAUUGAUUUGAGAUUCGUUUUCGAAACAACCAUUGGGCAGAAGGAUACCCUUGCUGCAGAAUUUGUGGUCACUCAGAAAGGAAAGGAACAUCAUGAUUAUGUCCUUGACAUGCCACUUUCUCUGGCGAAACUCAGCUAUAGAGCAAAUGUUAGUGAUUGGUUAUCUCUGAUGGCUAUCCCAAUGGGAGCCCAAUGCAGGGAUGUUGUAAUUGCUUCAAAUUCUUCUGACCAGCUGGGAAAGGGCCAUAUGAACUUUUCCUCUUUUGGACCACCGCUUCUGAAUCUGCACAAUGGUAGCGCCAUUGGCAUAACUGUGAGAAAGUCAAAUGUUAUUGCUUCAUUGGCUCAAUUUGUUGCUGGACUGGGCAUGCCGUCUGGUUAUAAUACAAUGGAGAAUAGAUGCAGCACUUUCGGGCAGCUUGUGUGUCAAUUAACUAGAGGAACAAAGCUGUCUGUUCUGGGUUUUCAUCAAAUGCCUUUUUCAUCAAGGCAACUUGGAAAAUUUGGAGCUUUUACAAUUCCAAUUGCCUUGUCCAAGCAACAUGACGUCUCUGACGUAGUACCUGAAGCAUUGCCACAGGUCUCAGCUGGUUCUAUUGCUUUGACGGUGGAGUCUGAACUUGAUGACUUUACAAGAAUUGGAGGUUGGAUUGAGAUGAACAAAUUAAAUCCCAAAUCUCCACAAUGGUCUGUAUCCAUGUCUGAUGUUUCUGAAGAUUCAUUUGGCUGGGGAAUUAGUCUCAGUGGGAUGAUUGGAGAUUCAGAAAGCGGGGAUCAUUUUCAGGCAGAAUCCUAUCUAAAAUUUAAUAUGGGUAAUAAAUUUUGGUUGAAGCCAGGUCUUGCAUAUGUAAUGGAUGGAAAUUCUAAAAUAGCUGCUUUAAUGCUUCGCACUAAUUGGACCAUGUGAUGAUUAUCUCCUGCUGAUUGUGAUAUACUUUUUGGUAUGUUCCGGUUCUCAUCAUUUUUCCUUCAGGUGUAUAUGACUAAUCAUUCUUUGUAAUUAGAUUUGUUUGAUU